ACGUAUAAAACCAGAGGCACCACAACACCCCCCUCUCCACAAUCCUCAUAUCUCUCUCCCUCUUCUUCUUCUUCAUCUUGGGAUUCAAACAUCUCAUUCAAUGCCCUUUAAAUCUUCUUCCUCUCUCUCUUCCUUUUGAUACAUAAACAAAAAAAAUCGCAGCAUUUUUGUUGUUAGUUUGCUUGCUCUGGUUCUGCUUUUAAGUUUGUGAAAGAUGGGGGGCACAGAGAAGGCUAUCAGCCUCGAGGAGAUCAAGAACGAGACUGUUGAUCUGGAGCGGAUUCCAAUUGAUGAAGUCUUUGAACAGUUGAAAUGUUCCAAAGAAGGUUUAAGUGGAGAGGAAGGAGCCCAGAGGCUAGAGAUUUUUGGUCCCAACAAACUAGAAGAGAAGAAGGAAAGCAAAUUUCUCAAGUUCUUGGGGUUCAUGUGGAAUCCUCUGUCAUGGGUCAUGGAAGCUGCCGCCAUUAUGGCAAUUGCUCUGGCCAAUGGAGAUGGGAAGCCCCCAGAUUGGCAAGACUUUGUUGGUAUUGUCUGCUUGCUGGUCAUCAACUCCACUAUCAGUUUCAUUGAAGAAAACAAUGCUGGAAAUGCAGCUGCUGCUCUUAUGGCUGGUCUUGCUCCUAAGACUAAGGUGCUUAGAGAUGGAAAAUGGAGUGAGGAGGAUGCUGCCAUUCUGGUUCCCGGGGACAUCAUCAGCAUCAAAUUGGGAGAUAUCGUCCCAGCUGAUGCUCGUCUUCUUGAGGGUGAUCCUUUAAAGAUUGAUCAAUCUGCCCUCACUGGAGAAUCACUUCCAGUGACUAAAAAUCCAGGCGACGAAGUUUUCUCCGGUUCCACCUGCAAGCAGGGUGAAAUUGAAGCUGUUGUUAUUGCCACCGGUGUUCAUACUUUCUUCGGGAAGGCUGCACAUCUCGUGGACAGCACUAACCAAGUUGGACACUUCCAGAAGGUGCUCACUGCAAUUGGGAACUUCUGUAUCUGCUCCAUUGCUAUUGGAAUGUUGAUUGAGAUCGUAGUCAUGUACCCAAUUCAGCACCGCAAGUACAGGGAUGGAAUUGACAAUCUCUUGGUUCUCUUGAUUGGAGGCAUUCCCAUUGCCAUGCCCACUGUCUUGUCUGUGACAAUGGCUAUCGGGUCUCACCGGCUGUCUCAGCAGGGUGCCAUCACCAAGAGGAUGACUGCCAUUGAAGAAAUGGCUGGUAUGGAUGUGCUUUGCAGUGAUAAGACAGGAACACUAACUCUUAACAAGCUCAGUGUUGAUAAAAACCUUGUUGAGGUGUUUGCAAAGGGUGUGGACAAAGAACAUGUGGUUUUGCUUGCUGCAAGGUCCUCAAGAACAGAAAACCAGGAUGCCAUUGAUGCUGCUAUGGUUGGAAUGCUCGCCGAUCCAAAGGAGGCCCGAGCUGGUAUUAGAGAGGUGCACUUCUUACCAUUUAAUCCUGUGGACAAGAGAACUGCUUUGACUUACAUUGAUGGUGAUGGAAACUGGCACAGAGCAAGCAAAGGUGCCCCUGAGCAGAUUUUGACCCUCUGCAACUGUAAAGAGGAUUUCAAGAAGAAGGCUUUUGCCAUUAUUGAUAAAUAUGCUGAACGUGGCCUUCGGUCAUUGGCUGUUGCUAGACAGGAAGUACCUGAAAAAUCAAAAGAAAGUGCUGGCGGUCCAUGGCAGUUUGUUGGAUUGCUGCCUCUUUUCGAUCCUCCAAGACAUGACAGUGCAGAAACUAUCCGCCAGGCUCUUAAUCUUGGUGUUAAUGUUAAGAUGAUUACAGGUGAUCAACUUGCCAUUGCCAAGGAAACUGGUCGAAGACUUGGAAUGGGAACAAACAUGUACCCAUCUUCUUCCUUACUUGGCCAAGACAAGGAUGCCAGCAUAGCUGCCCUUCCUAUAGAAGAGUUAAUUGAGAAGGCUGACGGGUUUGCCGGAGUGUUUCCAGGUGACUACUUUGAUAAACGAGAAAGAGUUUCACGUAUUAAUUUUGAUGAGAAAAACAAUAUUUUGAUUUGGUUUUGUAACACAAUGUUGUUUGUUGUAGAGCACAAAUACGAAAUUGUGAAGAAGUUGCAAGAGAGAAAACACAUUUGUGGAAUGACUGGUGAUGGUGUGAACGAUGCCCCAGCAUUGAAGAAGGCAGAUAUUGGAAUUGCUGUUGCUGAUGCUACAGAUGCUGCCCGAGGUGCUUCCGACAUUGUUCUUACAGAACCCGGAUUGAGUGUCAUCAUUAGUGCAGUGUUGACCAGUAGAGCUAUUUUCCAGAGAAUGAAGAACUACACAAUCUAUGCAGUUUCCAUCACAAUCCGUAUUGUGUUUGGUUUCAUGUUCAUCGCACUCAUAUGGAAGUUCGACUUCUCACCUUUCAUGGUUUUGAUUAUUGCCAUAUUGAACGACGGCACAAUUAUGACAAUCUCAAAGGAUAGAGUAAAGCCAUCACCCUUGCCUGAUAGCUGGAAAUUGAAAGAGAUAUUUGCUACCGGAAUUGUGCUUGGAGGUUACUUGGCAUUGAUGACUGUUAUCUUCUUCUGGUUGAUAAAAGAAACCGACUUCUUCUCUGAAAAAUUUGGCGUACGAUCCAUAAGAGAGAGUCCUGAGGAACUAAUGGCUGCCUUAUACCUACAAGUGAGUAUUGUGAGUCAGGCUCUCAUUUUCGUGACUAGAUCCCGCAGCUGGUCCUUCCUUGAACGCCCUGGACUGCUACUACUCGGUGCUUUCAUGAUUGCGCAGCUGAUUGCAACUCUGAUAGCAGUGUAUGCCAACUGGGGUUUUGCAAGAAUACAUGGAGCUGGUUGGGGAUGGGCCGGUGUCAUCUGGAUUUACAGUAUUGUCUUUUAUUUCCCACUCGACGUGAUGAAGUUCACCAUCCGUUACAUCUUGAGUGGAAAAGCCUGGCUUAACUUGCUUGAGAACAGGACUGCCUUUACCACCAAGAAAGAUUAUGGAAAAGAGGAGAGAGAAGCUCAAUGGGCUCAUGCUCAAAGGACCCUGCAUGGACUCCAGGCACCAGAAGCUACUAAUAUCUUCAAUGACAAAAGCAGCUACAGAGAGCUGUCUGAGAUUGCUGAGCAGGCCAAGAGACGAGCUGAAGUUGCAAGACUUCGGGAGCUUCACACACUCAAGGGACAUGUGGAGUCAGUGGUGAAGCUAAAGGGCCUGGACAUCGAUACAAUCCAGCAGCAUUAUACAGUGUAAGAAUCCAGAAAUAUUACCUGGGAAAGGAAGGGUCGCAAGCAACGAUGUAUCAAAGUGAAGAGGACAGAUACAGGAAGAAAGAGAGACAAACUGAAAGCAGGACUAAUUAGUUAAACAUUUCUAGAUAUGAUGGAGAGCAUGUCUGUGCUAUAUAUCAAACUCUCCUACUCUUUUUACUUUUCCAUUCUAAUGUAUUUCAAGUGCCAGAAAGGGGUUGUGUUUGGUUUAUUUUUGCUCUGGUGUAGGGGCCAAACAGUGUCCCGCAGUUUUCUUGCCAUAAUCUGCUAUCUAUCUAUCUUUCUUUCUUUAUCAUUUGCAACAUAUAUCUUUGUAUCCACUCCUUGAGGCCUUCAAUAAUGUGGGAUCGAAAGUCUGAGACAGGGUUGGAACCAUGAUCACACAAUCUUCUAAUUUGAUCAUGGGUCGUUAGAACGCUGUCUCACGUUCUAUUCGAUUCCCGCAUUGGAGGAUUCGUACUCUUCUGCAACAUAAUGUUUCUAUCAGUUUUGAA